CGGCCUGAGAGCGGGACCAUGGAUGAAAGGUUCAACAAGUGGCUGCUGACGCCGGUGCUCACUCUUCUCUUCGUGGUCAUCAUGUACCAGUAUGUGUCCCCCUCCUGCACCAGCUCCUGCGCCAACUUUGGGGAGCAGCCCCGCGGGGGGGAGGCCGGCCCGCCCGCCGCCCCGGCUCCCGCCCGCCGCGCACAGGCGCCUCCCGAGGAGUGGGAGCGGCGGCCCCAGCUGCCCCCGCCGCCCCGCAGGCCGCCCGAGGGGCCUCGGGGGCCCGCGGCUCUGGAGGACGAGGACGAAGAGCCUGGGGACCCCGAGGAGGAGGAGGAGGAAGAGGAGCCAGACUCCGAGGCCCCCGAGAACAGCUCCCUGCCCCGGUUUGUGCCGCGCUUCAACUUCACCCUGAAGGACCUGACGCGCUUCGUGGAUUUCAACAUCAAAGGGCGAGACGUGAUCGUGUUUCUGCACAUCCAGAAGACCGGGGGGACCACAUUCGGCCGCCACCUGGUCAAGAACAUUCGGCUGGAGCAGCCUUGCAGCUGCAAAGCUGGCCAGAAGAAGUGCACCUGCCAUCGGCCGGGCAAGAAGGAGACGUGGCUCUUCUCCCGCUUUUCCACCGGCUGGAGCUGCGGGCUGCACGCCGACUGGACGGAGCUCACCAACUGCGUGCCGGCCAUCAUGGAGAAGAAGGACUGUCCCCGCAACCACAGCCACACCAGGAAUUUCUAUUACAUCACAAUGUUGCGGGAUCCAGUGUCGCGUUACCUGAGUGAGUGGAAACACGUCCAGAGAGGGGCCACGUGGAAAACCUCUCUCCAUAUGUGCGAUGGAAGAAGCCCCACCCCAGAUGAGCUGCCCACGUGCUACCCUGGGGACGACUGGUCUGGGGUCAGCUUGCGGGAGUUCAUGGAUUGCAGUUACAACUUGGCCAACAACCGGCAGGUGCGCAUGCUGGCCGACCUCAGCCUGGUGGGCUGCUACAACUUGACUUUCAUGAACGAGAGUGAGAGAAACACCAUCCUGCUGCAGAGUGCGAAGAACAACCUGAAGAACAUGGCCUUCUUCGGGCUCACGGAGUUCCAGAGGAAGACACAGUUUCUCUUCGAGAGGACAUUCAACCUCAAGUUCAUCUCCCCCUUCACGCAGUUCAACAUCACGCGGGCUUCCAACGUGGAGAUCAACGAGGCCGCCCGCCAGCGCAUCGAGGAGCUGAACUUCCUGGACGUGCAGCUUUAUGAGUACGCAAAAGACCUCUUCCUGCAGCGCUACCACCACACCAAGCAGCUGGAGCACCGGCGGGACCGCCAGAAGAGGCGGGAGGAGCGGCGGCUGCAGCGGGAGCACAGGGGCCACCGGUGGCCCAAACAGGAUGGGGCCGCAGAGGGGACUGUCACUGAGGACUACAACAGCCAGGUGGUGAGAUGGUGACCCCCUGCCCUCUCCUGUCUCUCGGGAGGGGGAGGACGAGCGCGCACUUGACCUCCUGUUGCGUGACCUUGCAGCAGCUGGGGCCAUUCUGA